AUGCUCAAAAAGGUCGAGCUUGUUGAUGGAGAUGGCGGCGUCGGAACAGUUUUGCAUCUCACCUACUCUCCUGGAAUUCCUGGAUUUGAAUAUCAAAAAGAAAAGUUCAUCAAGAUUGACAAUGAAAACUAUGUCAAAGAGGCACUAGUAGUAGAAGGAGGCGUUCUAGAUCAUGGAUUUCAGAAAUGUUUGGUACGAUAUGAGAUUAUAGGGCAAACAGAUGAGACAUCCACAAUAAGAUCAACCAUUGAAUAUGAAAUUGAUGACGACAAGACAGAUAACGCUUCCUUCGUCAGUACCAGUGGUGUAGCUCAUAUUGCUGAGGCCAUCACAAAGUAUAUCAAGGCACAGAAAAAGCGUUGA